AUGCAUGCAUGGUGUAAACUAGUAAAUAAGUAGGUGUGUAGUGCAAUAUUUGAAGCAUAACACAACCAAACCAUAACACAUAGAAAGCUAUCAUGGCUUCUUCUCAGAAAAAUGCUCAACAAACCACAAACGGCAAGCUUUGGAACUCUUCCAGCGAAGCUCUAACCUUGACUGACAAGAAAGUUUGGCAAGGCUCUCAUUUUGCGGAAUUCCCAGAAAUAAUUGAAGAUGGAGAUGCGGGUGAGUUUACACAUGAAUCAGUGACUGAUGAUGCUGAUAGUCAUGGUUCAGUUGCUGGUCUUGUGUACAGGCGACGUGAUGGAACUAAGUGGGUUGUUGCCUGGAGCAACCCUCUAGAUAACAUGCUGCAACUCGAUACAUAGCCAGUAGCUGCAAGU